AUGGCGAUGCUUCACGAGUCGAGCACUUCUGGUCGAGCAGGAGCAGGAGUAGUGUCGUCGACCCCCGUGCUUGGCGGACCGCCGAGCUCAAAACGAGCCCGAACCGACUCGACUCCGACUCCGACGACGGCAUCCUCGGCCGACUUUGGACAUCACCACGGAGGCGCUCUGGGCUCGGGCACGACGGCGCCUUCGGUUCGAUACGGGUACGACGACCACCAACCUACCCAGCACAUGUCACACCGCCAACCACCUGACAAUCGCGUGUCUUCUUCUUCCCUUUCCUCCUUCAACUUGACGCGGACCUGCUUCACCAGCAGCAGCGACAGAUCGUCAUGCACGGCGCCGGCGCGACCACGGCCAGUGAUGCUUCUGCGACUGGCGCGCAUAUGGGCCGCCGUUUGGGCAACAAAUGGAUCUGCGCGCCCGGGGCCAUUUGCGCGUUACGACUCGUUUGUGCGCGCGCCGAAAAUCGUGCAAUUGCGCGCCAUUGGGCCUUCAUACGCGCGUCAUUCACAGCUUUGCAUCCCUUGGACGCACUUUUGGUCUCUAACGCGCUCUGAAUCCGUCGGAGUUGCGCGCUUUUCAGGAAAAACAUCUGUUUCUGGCCCCUAUUGGCGGUCCACGCGCGUUUCGCUCGCUGUUAGACUCGCUCGCCCCACCGUAUCCGCGCACGGAGGGGGUAUUACACGCGCUCCAGCGCACUCAUGCGCGCGCAAUCUACUCAAUCUGCGCGCUUUUUGGCAUUUUUCCAAAAAUAA